CGCCCCCUCCGCUCCUCCGCGGAGCUGCAGUGAAGGAUGUUGGAAGAGAGACGAGAAGGAGGGAAGCAGUGACACACAGAACACUGUAACCAACUACAGUAUCGUAACAUUCCGGAUUAAAAACCUGUCUGCUAAUGAAUGAUAAACUGGUUCAUUCUCCCCGCAGGAGCUCAGAGGGAAGAUGCAUGUAAACCUAACAAGAAGAAGAAGAAGAAGAAGAAGAAGUGAUGAGGAAGUUCUCUGAAGCGCUCUGACAGGAUGUCAUCACAGGGGGGUAACGAGCCCCCUCCAAACGGAGGUCAACCAGAUAGCCGUCUAAAGAGCAAGAAGCCGCCGAGCCUUGUGAUAGCGAUCCCUCCGCCUGAGGAGACCAUGACCCACGACCCGGCGAAACAGCCACUUCGACCGUCUCUGAAAAAAAGCAUGAGUCAGGCCCCCGGCUCGUUGUCGGAGAGCGUGGGCGGAGCCUACGAUGGACGCUCCUCAGCCAGAGACAGGAGGGCCAAGUUCGGCAGACAGACGUCGCUCUCACAAAGCAUCCGCAGGAACACGGCGACCUGGUUCGGCGUCGGGGAGGACUGUGAGACCAAGCAGCAGCUAUGGCACAGGAAGAGCAUGCGCCACUGCAGCCAACGCUACGGCAAGCUGAAAGCCCAAUACAGAGAGCCGGAUACGGCCACCAGCAUCGACCAAGGCCCGGAGUCACCGGCCACACAGAGGAUGCCCAAGAUUGUGGAUCCUCUGGCACGGGGGCGAGCCUUCCGCUGCCCUGACGAGAUGGACAGUCGCUCGCCCAGGACGCCGCACACCGCUCACGGGGGUCCCAUCACCCCGGGCGUCACCUCUCUCAGCUCCUUCACCAGCCAGCGCUCCGGGUACAGCCGCUUCCCCAAACGGAAGAGGGAGUCGGUCGCCCGCAUGAGCAUCCGCGCUGCGUCCAACCUGCUGAGGGGUCGUAGCGGCUUGGCGGGCUCUCAGACCGGUCGCAGUUUCCCCAAGAGGAGCUUCGUCCGGCCCAGCUGGAUGGACGAAGAAACCGUGGACUCUACAGACACACCGGAGUCGCUCUUCUUCAGCAAGGUCGACGCCCACGAUGAGUUUUACCACAUGACCGAUGACGUGUUUGAAUCCCCUCCCAUAUCUGCAGCGUUCGCUCCCAGCGAGCCGCCGGACCAGAAGUUCCCGAGCCUUAAGGACGUAUCCAGAACACCGACAGCAGUGCCUGAGAAGAGAUGUCCUCGUCGGGGCGGCCGCAUCGCCUCCCAGGUGAAGCACUUUGCCUUCGACAAACAGAAGCGUCAGUACGGGAUGGGCGUGGUGGGGAAGUGGCUGAACCGCCACUACAGACGCAGCCUCAGCAGCAACGUGCAGAAACAGCUGGACGACUUCCACAGCCACAGACCCUACUUUACCUACUGGAUCACAUUUGUCCACGUGGUCAUCACUCUGCUGGCGUGCUGUACGUAUGGCUUUGCCCCCGUGGGGUUUGCCCAACACUCCACAACUGAACUGGUGCUGAAGAACAAAGGCAUCUAUGAAAGUGUCAAGUUCAUUCAACAGGAGAACUUCUGGAUCGGCCCCAGCUCUGAUGAUCUGAUCCACCUGGGAGCAAAGUUCUCGCCCUGCAUCCGUCAGGACCGACAGAUCGUCAACCUGAUCCAGAGGGCCAAAAACCUGGAGAGAGAGUCGGGCUGCUGCGUCCAGAACGAUAACUCAGGCUGCGUGCAGACCCACAGCUCCGACUGCUCGGAGACUCUGGCCACCUUUAUCAAAUGGAGCGAUGAGGACACUGACAUCAUCAGGUCGUCUGGUUCUGUGUGUCACCAGGAUCCCAGAGUGUGUGAGGAGCCCGCCUCUGCAGAGCCUCAUACGUGGCCCGAUGACAUCACCCAGUGGCCGGUUUGCACGUUUCCUAAGAAGUGGAACCACACGGGCUACAGACACAUGGACUGCAACAUCAAGGGCCGGCCGUGCUGCAUCGGAACCAAGGGCAGAUGUGAGAUCACCACCAGAGAGUAUUGCUCUUUCAUGCAUGGUUACUUCCACGAGGACGCCACACUCUGCUCACAGGUUCACUGUCUGGACGAUGUGUGCGGCUUACUCCCCUUCCUCAACCCCGAUGUGCCUGAUCAGUUCUACCGACUGUGGCUCUCUCUCUUCCUCCAUGCUGGGCUGCUGCACUGCGUGGUGUCCGUGGUGUUCCAGAUGACCAUACUGAGGGACCUGGAGAAGCUGGCCGGUUGGGUCCGCAUCUCCAUCAUUUAUGUCCUCAGUGGCAUCACAGGAAACCUGGCCUCCGCCCUCUUCCUGCCCUACAGAGCGGAGGUGGGUCCGGCCGGCUCUCAGUUUGGCCUCCUGGCGUGCCUCUUCGUCGAGCUGUUUCAAGGCUGGCAGAUUUUGGAGAAGCCCUGGAAGGCCUUCCUCAAGCUGCUGGGCAUCGUCCUCUUCCUCUUCACGUGCGGCCUCCUGCCGUGGAUCGACAACAUCGCCCACAUCUUCGGCUUCCUCAGCGGCCUGCUGCUCUCCUUCGCCUUCCUGCCCUACGUCACCUUCGGCACGUUCGACAAGUACCGCAAACGGGUCCUCAUCGGCGUCUCCAUGUUGGCCUACACGGGGCUGUUCUCGUCGCUCAUCGUGUGGUUUUAUAUCUAUCCCAUCAACUGGCACUGGCUGGAGCAUCUCACCUGCCUGCCCAUCACGAGCAACUUCUGCGAGAAGUACGACAUCGACCACAACAUCUACGACGUGGUGCACUAAACGACCACGUCAGCUGAUUCCCCCGGUCAAGUGGCCUUUCACCAACGUGCAACCACGUCUCAGGUCUUCUUAUCAGGACCAGAUCGGCCUGGGACGUGCUCAGUCCUUCAAACUCGACUCAGUCUGGAUCUAACUAGCAUGUUGGUUUGCUAACAGGCUAGCCUCAGAAUACUCAGGAAGUGAAAAUGACAAACAGACAGAGAAGAUCUGACGCUUCCUUCAGGUCAUGAAAAGUUGAUCUAAAGGAGCCGGGAAGGCGGGACCCGAGGACCCGAACAAUCCCCGACUAUACGAUUGAGGAAUAAGUGAGAUGAAAAGAGAGACUGAUGCCAAAGAGGCUCAUCAACACUACAAACUGUUUUUUUUAAUCCCUUUUGUAUUCACUCAGCAUGUCGGCUUCUUCAGACCAGAGAGGAAUAUUAUAUAAUGUGUUCACGCUAAUGAUGUCAACAUGGUCCAUACUUGGAGACUUUUCAAUACCACGUGUUUGCAAACGGUACAAUCUGAAGAAAUCUAAAAAAAACUUUACUCAUAAUUUAAACCAAAAUCUGCUGCCAGUAAAUCCUAACGAGUCCCUUUGAGCGUUCAUAAAGAUGCAAACACACAGUUCAUCAUGACGAGAGAAUCCAAAAACAUGGACAGAGGACAGAGUCUGCAGAAUGAGCGUCCGCCUCAGGCUGAGAUGUUAGAUUUUAAAAUGGGUCUAAACCUCGUUAGGGGUACAUGACGGAUACUCGGGACGUUUACACGAUGUGUGCGGCCGACUUCAACUUGACUUUUAAAAAACAUGCAAACAUCUUCGUCUAACUCAAAUAAUACUAAGUCCACAACUUGAAGUCGGACUAAAACACCGAAACAAAGUGUUUUGGGAGUCGUUUCACUCUCGCGUGUGUGCACCUCAGAUCGGGCCCAAACUGUCCGCAACGUUCUGAGCACGCUCCACAGCUGCUGCGCCAGACUUGGACCCAGAAGUCGAGCAGAAUAAAUGUGUAAAAAGAAAGAGAAGAAGAAAAUAAGACGAAGGUUUCAACAUGGCGAGUGAGAGAGAGAGAGUCGUGCAACUUAGUACACAAGUUUUCAGCGUCACACAGUCUGCCGCCUGCUAACUUGUUUGUCAGUUUUUGUCUGAACGUAAUUGGUCGACGGGAAGGGGGCGUAUCGCCACCUACUGUAGCGGAGUGGGACAUACUUUAAUCUUCAUUAGAUGACCUCAUCGAGCUUCAUCUUUACCUCGACUUGACCGUGCAUGUAAACGUUCUGACUGUCUGAAUUGCAAACAGGUUAUCCAUGUAGAUAUUUACACCCUGGUUCAAACGAUCCACUGUGCAGCUCACAUAUUUUAACCCUUCGUGGUCACCUGAGGCGUCGUUUCUUUCUCACACCGCCAGUUGCCUUAAACCGACUUUGCCAUUGAACAGAAGAUGCCUCGUGUUGAUGACAUCACAGAGUGUUUUAAGAUCAGCUGUACUCACUGCUGAAGAACACGUUACCAAAGCAACGCUCUGGUGCUGCUUCUGUAAACAUCUUCACCACCUCUGAACCUGAAUACAGUGAGCAGUUUGCAGGAUCUCACAGCGGUGCCUAAACCAUGAUGACGAUGAAAACAACAACAAUCACUGGAAUGAUAUGUAUGUAAGGAGUCGGUGUCUGAACCGGCUGUUUGUCUGAACAAAGUUAGUUUAGUGUUUUUUUUUUGUUUUGUUUUGUCAUCGAGAGAAUCUCAGAACGCAGCGUUGUGUUUCACCUCAGCCUCACGUUUCCUCUCACACGAUCACUCAGUCUCUGCUCCUGAAAUCUGCCCGAAUCGCUCGUCCACACAUGAUCCUCACAGUCUGACGUUCGACCCGAGUCCAACACCAUUAUGAUUAUGUUUGGACUUUAUAUCACUGCUACUUGAGCUCGAUCGUAUUCACAGUAUCAACGAAGAAGAAAGCAGAAAAGAGAAGGAAGAGCUCAGCGGCCUCACCUCUCCUCGAGACACUUCCUUUAUAACUCCUGAUGACUGCUCUCAUCGGGUCACCCUAAACGUCUCCUGGCAGGCUGAGCGCUCUGGAGCACAUGCAUGAAGCGUUUUGUGCUUUGAGGAAAAGAAGCGCUGCAUGUCCAUCCUGUCUCCAUGACAACAGUCUGUUAACAACGGCCGCUGUAUGAUCGACACUGCUCUGUUAAUUUUUACUGCAUGUUUUAUAUUUGAGAUCGUUUAUUUCCCGCAGGAGGCAAAACUACGGGGAAUAUCAAACAUUUGGAAAAGAGCGGCAGUGACGUCGACAGCACCUUUCUGAAAAGUUUAAAGAUUUUCAACUGGAAGCGCUCGGAGUGACCGCACAAAAAGGCGGCGCGCUCUGAAGAAAGACGCUGGGCGCUGCACUUUUUGUCCAGACAGCUGCUACAGACGCUCUCUACUCAGAAAACAAUUGAAAGAAGACGAGUUGUUGUGAGCGCUACACACUGUGUGCGUUGGAGUGUCUGUGUCACUCUGCAAUACUCCGCCCUCCAAACACUAGUUGGCAGUGCAGUGUAGACCAAUCACAGGGCUUGUGAUCUGCGUUGUUUUGUUACAUUUUUGAGGAGGUGCACGGCAGCGUGUGCUACGGCGAUGAUUCAACACAGAAUUAUAAAUCAGGUUAAGUGAUAUUUCUAACACCUGAAAGUGAAACGGCUCCCUCGCAGGGUCCCAGCUCGGCCUCGGGUUUAGUUUGUUGUUGUUUUGUGGCGUGUGUGUGAAGCCCCAGCUGUGAGGAAAAGCCACUAAUGCACGCCGUGCAAAGGAUUAUGGGAGUUAAGUGAGUUAUGAGAUUACUUGAGUUUGUCUGACUCACUGAUCAUCAGGUGUUUUUCUGACAACAUGAAGAAUGAUUUUAUUUUGAAAUGUGGCAACGAGUUUUGGAAUCACAGAGGUUCGUGAUUAAAGGAAGAAUGUGCGACAUGUUCCACAUAAAUAAAUCAUAAAUCCAGUCUAUCCUGUGUAAAUGUGUCUCUGAGUCAUUUAGCUCGACUCCUUUGCACGAGUGUAGAGGGGUUGGAGGUGUGACUCUGGAGGAGAGCGGAGGCUUCAGUAUGGAGGAGGCGUGGCCUAACAGCAGUUUGUUUUGGUUUCAUGCUGGUGCUCAAGGGCGACACCUACUGGAUCAAAAAGUCGCACAUUCUUCCUUUUAAAUAUCUUCUGUUUCGAGGUAUAAGAUCAUGUUUGCACACGGUUAGGAGGACCGAGUGUACGGACGUCAACAUGUUCCAUACUUUACUUUUUAAUACCACGUGUUUUAAAUCGAAGCAGUCGCUUAUUUUAUUGAUCGAUAGGAAACGAAAAAGUACCAAAGCUUUGAAAAAACUUCUGAUCUUUGGUCAUAUUUUUAAACACAAGCUGCCACGAGCAAAAGAGAGAGAGAGAGUACUGUCUUCAUUUAGCAAAUACGUUUGGGUAACUAAUCAUUGUUAACAUAUUUGUACAGUAAGAAGGAGUUUGUCUGCUAGUUUUGUUUUUUAAAACAAGAAAUCAUUUAAUAUUUGGUGCCUUGGACUCGGUGUGGCGUCGUUUGAUUUUCACUAGAGUCGAACCAAAGUUUAAAUAUUCUACUCUCAUCACGACAGCCCGCCUCUGAAGGGUGGCAGCCAUCUUUACCAAACGGUGCUCUUAGACAUAUUAAUCGUGUUUGACUUUGAGUUUUAAACCACAUCGUCAGUCUUCAUUGUGCAGCAGUUUGAGCGAUGGCUGCUGUGUUUGCACGGGGACCAAAACGAUUCACUUCCUCUUUUUUUUUUUUUAUUGGAACAUCAAGGGAACGUUUAAACCACUAUGAGCUCAUGGUACAGGUUCUGUUGUGUUUGUGAACAUGUGAUUGUUAAAGCAAAUAAAAUCCAUUCUAUUACUAAAGA